CGCCCCGCGUACAAAGGCGUGCAGCCCGCGGUGCGCUCCUCCCCGCCCGUGCGCCCCGCUCGCCCCGCUCGCUCGCGUCUGCAGCGCCUCCGCGCCCAGGUUUCAACAGAUCUCACCAAAAUGCCCUCCCAAAUGGAACAUGCCAUGGAAACCAUGAUGUUUACGUUUCACAAAUUUGCUGGGGACAAAUGCUACCUAACAAAGGAGGACCUGAGAGUACUCAUGGAGAAGGAGUUCCCUGGAUUUUUGGAAAAUCAGAAAGACCCUCUGGCUGUGGACAAAAUUAUGAAGGACCUGGACCAGUGUCGAGAUGGCAAAGUGGGCUUCCAGAGCUUCUUCUCACUAGUUGCGGGCCUCACCAUUGCGUGCAAUGAUUAUUUUGUAGUUCACAUGAAGCAGAAGGGAAAGAAGUAGGUGGACAUGAGCGUUUACUCCUGCCCUGAUGAGAGUUCUCCCAAAGGGCCCCUUAAGGAAUCUGCCCCUCAGUUUCCCCUUGUAUAAAGAUUUCAUGAGCAGAUCGGGACCCUUAGAAAAUGAACAAAUAACAUCCGGCUCUCACUGGACAAACAGAAAAUG